AUGGAAGAAUUUAUUUUGGAACAAAAAAAUUUAAAAAUGAAAAAUGAAUGGGGGAAAAUAAAUGAAGGAUCUGUUUGGGCUAAAGAUUUUUUAGAAAAUUACGAUUUAAAUGGGAAACAAUUAAAUAAUUGGGAAAAUGAAUUUUUGAAUGAUUUUGUGGGAGAAAAAGAAAAAAUUGAAUUUUUUGAUUAUGAAAGUGCUUGGGAAAAUUAUAAUUCAAAAGAAAACCAAGAAAAAUUUGAAUUUAAUAAAAAUAAUCCAUUUAUAAAUGAAGAAAAUUUAAUUGAAAAAGCAAAAGAAAAUCUUUCUAAUGGAAGAAUUGCUAAUUCUAUUUUAUUUUAUGAGGCGGCAAUUCAAAAAGAUCCAGAAAAUGUUGAAAUUUGGUAUUCUUUGGGGAUUGCUUUGGCAGAAAAUGAACAAGAUCCAAAAGCAAUUUGUGCAUUAAGAAAUGCUUUAAAAUUAAAUCCAAAAUAUUUAAAAGCAAUUCUGGCUUUGUCUGUUUCUUUGGCUAAUGAAGGGUUUGAUUGUUUGGCUUUACAUGAAUUGGAUAAAUUUAUUUGUAUUUAUAAAAAUUGUUCUGAAGAAGAAAUGCCUAAAGAAGAAGGAAAUACUUCUUUUGGAUUUCAAUACAAAAAAUUGGACAAAAAUGAAUUUUUAAAAGUUGAAGCUAAAUUUCUUGAAGUGAUUAAAUUUGUUCAACAAGAAUGUGAAUUAGUUGAAUUACAAAAUGCUAUGAGUGUACUUUAUAAUUUAAGUAAUGAUUACAAUAAAGCAAUUGAAUGUCUAAAUUCUGCUUUAAAUUUUAAACCAGAAGACCCAAUUCUUUGGAACCGUUUGGGUGCAACUUUAGCUAAUGCUGAUCGUUCAGCAGAAGCUAUAAAUGCAUAUAAAAGAGCUCUACAAAUUUCUCCCUCAUAUGUUCGUGUUCGUUAUAAUCUUGGAGUUUCUUGUAUGAAUUUGCAAAGUUUUCGAGAAGCAGCUAUUCAUUUUUUGGCAGCUCUUAAAAUUCAACAUUCGCCAGAACAAUCACUUAUAUGGUCUAGACUUCGUUCUGCUAUAAUUCGUAUGGAGAAUAUCCAAUUGGACAAUGAAAUUUUUGAAGCAAUUAAUUGCCGUGAUUUGGACAGAAUUAGUAAAAUAUUUGGGGUUUGA